AUGUAAAGUUACAACGACGAGAGAGACAGGCUUCCGAUGGAGGACUUGUUUAAGGCUGGAAAGCCAGUUGAUAUGGACUGGUUCUAUCUUGAGAACAGAAUCCGCACUUUCAUACAUGACUUAGUAACGCCUUAUGCUAAAAGGUAAAUCUUCAAGCGCUCUAACUGUUAAUAAAGGACGAUUGAGGCGAAGGACUAGAUUAUGGACAUAAAGGAAAACCUGAUUAACAACUAGAAAAGUAUCGAUGACCUGAAGAUGCAACUAAACACGAAUGAUCAAGUGUUGAAAGCGAUUGAGAAGAAACUCAAGGAUGAAAUUGCCACUAUUAAUGGUCAGAAGAACAUGCUUAAGGAAAAACUAGGCUAGAUGGAAAGCGAAGUUAGCACGUUUAAAAACCAAGUGAUUGAGAGGAAUACAGAGAUCAAGUUUUUGUUUGAUGAGAUUGGCACGAAUAAGGAAAGUCUUCAUAAUGAUAUAAUUAGAGUUAACAAGGAGAUAAACGAUGAUAUGCAGGUUCAAUAAGAAAGAAUCUAGGAGUUAGGGGAGCAGGUCUACACUAGUCUAUGCUACAACAAGCAAAAGUUUUAAGAGAUGAAUAAGUUUGACGUGAAACUCAAUAUGGCUGAAAUUAAUAUGAAGUCUAUAAAUGAGAACAUUACAGAGUUUAACUCUAAAUUACAUGAGUUGAAUAAAUGGUCUCAGAACACAGACAGGCAUUUGCAAAAGAUCCUGCCCCUUCAAGUAUCCUCUUUUGUCUAUGAAGUUCUUAACACUAACCUCAAGUCUAAACUUAGACCUAAGUUAAAGGAGAACUUCCAGACUAUCUUUGCAGUCCUGGAAACAAACUCUAAACUGGACGCCUAAUAUACAGGGGAUUAUUGCUUUAAAAAGGGAGAGUAUUAGAUCCCUCAAACUAUUAUGAGGAGUUCAAUCAAUAAUAUAAGCUUUACAAAUAAAAAUAUGAAUGCUAGCAUGUCGAGUGUGCCUAUGAGUAAUGAAAGUCCUCAAUAGACAAAAAACACGCUGGAGACAAAGAAUGAAAACUAAAGGAUCUUUGUCCUUCAUCAUCGAAGAAAAGCCAUUAGACCUGCAGGUAGAGAGUCGUUCAUGCUUAAUGAAGAUAUAAAUGAAGAUGAUUCAAGCAAUCAGGACAAUAGGUCUCCAAAAAGAGGUAUGCUUAGUGCUCUGAACAAUAAUGACUAUGUUGAUAAUGCCAAGAGAAAGAUCAAAGGCUUUGAUAAAUCAACAAAGGGAACUGGGGGUUCCAAAAGACAAGUUUCCUCGAGUGGUGCUAGCAAAAACAUGAAAAAGGACUCAAGUAGCAAGCGAUCUAUUGGCUCAUCUAGUAAAAGCAAAGUUCAAAACAUCUUAAGGGAUAAUAUCUAAAAGCCCAUUCUGAUUGAUGACCAGGUAAACCCCAAUAAAAUGAAAAUGCCGCAAACUCAUGAGAGUGGGAAAUAGGUGAGUCCUAGAACAAGAAUUUCAAAUAAAAGAUCGAAAAAGACAAAGAACAAUGUAAAUGAAUCUACUACAAAAGCAGAAGAAGACUCUCAAAGUUAGGUUUAAAGAAGCAAAACAAAAAAGACAGUUAUAAUAAUCAACAACCCUGAUGAACUCAGAAGCAAAGUAGAAAAGGCUGUUCAGUAGCACUUUGAAUCUGAAAUUAACUAAGCUAAGACGUAAAUUGUGAGACAGUCUAGCAGAAGAAGUUCAUUUGUUGGCAAGAAAUAAAAAUCAGGAGAAUCAAACACAGGAGGAUAAGGAACAACAGAAAGGAAAAUGUAUCUUGAGACCCCGAUUAACAAUCCUAACCAUCAUGCUCAUGAACAAUUCGAUACAGCUAUUGAAGAAGUAGCUAUUUCAUAGGAACUAAGCAGUCCAAUAAAGCCUUAAAAUCAACAAGAUUAAAAAAUCUAAGAGAUAAAGCGAAACUUUGUCUAAAAUAGAUCAUCGUUAUUAAUCAACCUAGAGGAAUCACCAUCGAAUAAAUCACUGACAUCCUAAAACCUAGGAACUCAUGAUAAGACCAAUUCAAUUGUUGAUAAAUUAGUUAAUAAGAUAUCACAAGCCUACGCUAUUCCUGUUGUUAGUUAAAAUCCUCAAAUCAUUAAAAUAAAUGGACUUGAAGACUCAGGAAAGCAGUCUAGGAGGGAAAAAUUCUCUAGAAUCGGCUCAAAAUUCGAUAAUUCGAUAAAGGAUUUUGAUAUUGAAGGUAAAAAUAAGGAUAAUCUAGAUGAAAUUGAAUAAAGACACAAAGAGCUGGAUGAAGAACUAUUAGACUAACAAGAAGAGGAUGAUUAUUAUGAUGAGGAAAGUGAUGGAGGAGAAUUUAUAUUAGAACCAGUCAAUCCAAAAGACUCUAAAUAGGUUAAGAAAGCAUUAAAAGAAAAGCAAAAGGAGAUAAUGAAAAGAAAGUCAAAGAUGGGACAUGACCCUAACUAUGAAGGAGGCUCUUCAGAUGAUAGUUUUUUCAAAAGAGCUUUAGAACAGGGAGAAAACUCUUCCGCAAAUGGGUCAUCGUAUGAAUCUGGCUCAGAUAGUGCAUCAUCUUAUUCAGAGAUGAUAGAUACUCUUAAGCACUAAGUUGAGAUGCUGAAACUAGAUUUGAAUAAUGCCAAGGGUGCUCUUUAACUUUAAAUAGUCGAAGCAACUGCAAGUAUAGAAAAUAAGAUAAGCAUGUAAUUGAAGAAGUAAAAUGAACAAGUGUAUGAAGUCAAGUUGUCGCUGAUGGAUGAAACCUCAAGAAUUAAAAGGGAAAGAACAGACUUCUAAAUUGAGAUUAAAAAGCUUAGAGAGCUUGUCAGUUCUUUUGCGAAUACAAGCGAAAGUCAUAAUCUGUAAUUCAUCAAAUUCUAAAAAUGGGCUAAAAAAGUAAGCGAUAUAAUGCAAAUGAGCAGCAUAAUUGAAGCUUAAGAAGAGAGAGACAAACAUAGUAUUGCUUUGAUUGGAAUGAAGGAAAGUGCCAAUCAAAACUCUAUUUCAGUCUAAGACUAAAGUGUUAGUUAGCAGCCACAAAUUUAAGGAGCAGGUAAUCACCAUAAAGGGUAGCCAAUUGUCUCAAUUGAUAACAAAUGCCUUAACUGUAGCAAUUAAUCUGGUGAUAGAGCUAUACUUUACUCAUAGUUUAAGAUAGCAUGUCUCUAGUAUCGGCCUUCAAAUGUAUGCUAUAAGACUCAGUCGUAUUCAAAGGAGGAUAUAUUAAAUUUUAAGGCAAGAUAAAUUUUAGAACUAUAUAGAAUGGACGCUUUUAAAGAUGCAAUGACGCCGAGGGCCAAUUUAUAAUCAGCUGAAACUAAUAACACUUCGGGUUUGGAUGAUGAGCGUAGCAUGUUUUUAUAAAGUACGCUCUAAUUAAAUUUACCAAAUUAAAAUCAAUCUGCUUAGCCUAUUAACUCAGGGAAGAGGACAUUCUUCAAUAGAACUAUUGUACCAUAAACUCAGCCUGUAUCACCUGACUAGUAGAGAGCAACCACAUAGUAUAUGUAAACCCGUCUCAAUAAAAGAGAGGCUCAUUCAAAAGAUAAUGAAUACUAAAAUACUAUAAACAACUAUAAAACUAGAAAGCUAAUGGCAAUUAGACCCUAUAGUGUAGCUGAGAAUUUUAGAAUGGAUGAUGUAUCAACCUAAUACAAUGACGAAUAGACAGGCAAGGUUAAUAUAAUUAAGCAUUCUGUGAAAACCAAUACUAAUUUGCUACCUUCAUAAAUGCCUUCAACAAGAGGAACAAAUAACAAAAUAAAACUUGACUUCUAGCUAACUGAUCAUAAUAGCAGCAUAGUGACAGUUAAUUAAUCAAUUGAUAAUUAUAAUAACAAUAGUGCAUUGCCAUAACAAUAGACUAAAUACAUAGGAUUCCAGAAACUUAAACAAUCUAAGUUUGAAAAACUAUGA